CACUGACCCCCCCCCCGGGAGAAGCCAGAUCUGCCCGCAGCAUCAGUUCAUGUGUCACAGCAAGCAGGAGCCCCUCUUAUGGUAUUUUGUGGGGGAAGGUCCUUGAAACUGUCACAGCAAAGGGUAGUCCUUCCUCUCCCAACCCUGUGCGGGGUGAUUCAGACCUAGUCUGAUGGGGGAGAAUCAAGGAAGUCAGGGCUGCGGUGGGGGAAACCCAGAGAGGCUGUGUGCGCUGAGAGUGGGCAUCUGACCCACGUGGUGGGCGGGGUGGCUUCCUGGAGGAGGUGCCAUUUGAGCUAGACUGAGAGUAGAAGGGCAACCUGGGCACAUGAGCACAAACAAGGGGGAUGUGCGAGAAACUUCCAGCAAUUGCAGUGACUGUGGGGGAUGGGGGUCAGCAGAGGCCACAAGUGAUGGGCCUUGGAGUCCAGGAUGAGGGGCUGGGCCUUUGGCCCACAUGUUCCUCCCCCACCCCUCCCAGGAGUGGGCCAGGCUGUGGCAGUGGCAGCGGCAGCGGCCACAAUGGUUGGGGGAGAGCUUGGCAUCCUGUGUUUCUUUGAAUCGCUGCUCCAGGAACAAUGCCGCUUCCUGUGGGUGUCCCCCCCACCCGCCCUCCGCCAGCCCUGCUGCCCUGUUCUUCCUCCUUCAGAUCCAUUGUUGGAAAAGUGGGGAGGGGACCUGGGGGGGUCUUGGCCCCUAGAAUGCAUGGCCCUGCUGGGUCAGCACCACCUCUGCCCCAGGGCAUGACCACAGGCUGGAGGUUGCCCCUCUGUGGCCUCAGUUCCCCCACUGGUACACUCGGGUAGUAAUGGUGCCCACCUGUAAGGGUGCUUGGCUCCGGGCACAGGUGAGCACCUCUUGUGCCGGUUGUACAGAGCGGGAAACUGACCCUCUGAGCAGUGGGCGAGGCGCGCUAGGCAGCCCGUCCCUCCUCUGGUGGUUGCUCAUGUGGGGAGACAGGAGGCCAGGCACCCUCCCCCCACUGCCCCACCCUUCUAAGUACUCCUCCGGAACAAAGGUGACUUUAAUCUCUGUAGCCUUGGGCCGGGUUUUUAGGGCACCACCAAAGCGCGGGAGAACAGGCCUCCUUGAUCUCAUUAAGAAAGCAUUUUCCUUUUAAUGCAGCGGCACUGGUGUCUGCACGGGCCGGCCUCAGCCUCCCACGGCAUUCCUGGGCUGAGAUGCUGGGGAGCGGGUGGGGGGCUGGGUGCGAGUCUGUGCGUGCGGGCUGCCUUGGGGUGUCUGCUGGGCUCUGGAAGGAGGGGUGCGAGUGUGGAGAGGGCGCAGAUGUGGCCUGCCACCCUCUUAGCUCUAAGCCUGUGAUCUGUAGCUUGUGGCCACACCCCAGUGUGUGCUCACGUCUGGGGUCAGGCUUAGGCAAGGAGCUGGGGCUGCCCAGGUGAGGGUGGGCACCCCAGAUGGGUCCCCAGGUGUAUGCACAUGCUAGAUCCUCUCUAGGACCCGUUUAUACACAGAAGGAAACUGAGGCCUGGAAGGCAUGGAGAUGGGGGUUUCCUGCAGCCUUUGCUCAGAGCACCCCCAUGGCACCCCAAGCUUUGCACUCAGCCGUGCCUGGGUGUGCCGGGCGGCACGCGCUGGGCGGGCGGGGCAGAGGAAGGAACAUUCCUCCCGUGUGCCGACCGGCCCAGGCGGGCGCCGGCAGCUCCUGGCCCCGCCCCGUUGCUCCCCUUCCUGGCAGCGAUCCUGGCAGGGGACGGCCCUGUGCUGGCACAGGUGGAGCCUUGAUGUGGCUUGGGCCAGGCCUGUCUUCGAGCCCGGUUUCCUUGCCCAAGCAGGAGGGGCAAGCUGGUCGGCUUGGGUGCCGAGGGCACUGAUGCUUGGGCUGGGGCACGUUGCGGCUUCCUGCCUCAUCCCUGCGGACCGACGGCAUCUCCAGAGAACAGCAGUGGCUGCUUUGGCUCAGAAGGUGACCUGCCUGGUGGUCACACAGCCAGGGGCGUGGGGAGCCCCGGCUUGAAGGCCCAGCCCUGAGAACUGCUGCGUUGUGGCCACAACCCUGCCCACCGGACCUUGCACCCAGCCUGGCCCAGUUAACCAGGCCAGCUGUAUGACGUUCGUUUUUACCGACGGGGAAGACGAGGUCCUGGCCAGGCACACAGGCAAUGUGGUCAAUACUAACUGCUCGGCCGCGCACAGCCGCCAGGCCCUGUCCUGCAAGAUGGCGGUGGAGUAUGACCGCUUCAUCGCAUCUGGCAGGAAGUGGUUCUGCCAUGUGGAUGAUGACAACUACGUGAACGUGAGGGCCCUGCUGCGCCUGCUGGCCAGCUACCCCCACACACAGGACGUUUACAUCGGCAAGCCCAGCCUCGACAGGCCCAUCCAGGCCACAGAGAGGGUCAGCGAGAAUAAGAUGCGUCCUGUCCACUUCUGGUUCGCCACUGGUGGGGCUGGCUUCUGCAUCAGCCGCGGGCUGGCCCUGAAGAUGAGCCCCUGGGCCAGUGGGGGCCACUUCAUGAGCACAGCUGAGCGGAUCCGGCUGCCGGAUGACUGCACCAUCGGCUACAUCGUGGAGGCCCUGCUGGGUGUGCCUCUCAUCCGUAGCGGGCUCUUCCACUCCCACCUGGAGAACCUGCAGCAGGUGCCCGCCUCGGAGCUCCACGAGCAGGUGACCCUGAGCUACGGCAUGUUUGAAAACAAGCGGAAUGCUGUCCACAUUAGGGGCCCCUUCUCGGUGGAGGCUGACCCAUCCAGGUUCCGCUCCAUCCACUGCCACCUGUACCCGGACACACCCUGGUGUCCCCGCACCACCAUCUUCUAGCAGCCUCAGCUGAGACCCCCGUCCCCGGGCGCCCCUGGUAUCCAAAGGGCCUGGGGACCCCUGUUGUGCCGCUCUGGCCUUGUCCUUCGAGGCUCCCAGGGCUGUGCCCCCGUGUGUGUACUGUGUGCCCAUCUGCGUAGCAGACUGCUGGGCAGUUUUCCGCCAAGGAGCAGGCGAGAGUGCCCCUUGUCUUCCUUUCCCCGCUCCGGGGUCAGCGGCUCCAGAGCCCUGGCCCCGGAAGGAUCUGUAUGUCAGAGGUCACUCUGAGGGCAGUUUGAUGUUGUUUCUGUGCAGUCUUGGGGCAGUAUGGGGAUCAGGCUGCUCUGCAGGGAUGUGCAGGCGCCUUCCUCUUCCUGUCCCCCCUCGGAGCCCCCAGGACAGUUGAGCCAUGCUCGGUGCGAGGGAGCUGGGUUUGGGGAGCAGCGGCCAGGUCCCCUCCUCCCACUGACCCCUGGCCUGGGCACUGCAGCCCUAUUAAGCCCCCAUCGGCCACGUGGCUGGGUGGGCAGUGCUCUGCAGCCCCCCCGGGCGCGGGUCUUCCUGGCCCUCACAUCUUCCCUUUGUCUCCCCACGAUGGGGAGGCAGAGCUGAGCAUUUUAUCUCCUCUCCAAAGUAGAGAGAAAGUCGCCCAUAGUGGGUGUGUCUGUAAAUAUUGUGACAGUAUUUUUUUACUGUGCUUGAUUUUCAAAAGGGGGUGGGCGAAAAGUAGGGUGUUUUGUCUUUGUUUUGGGGGAGCUGGGGAGGGUGUUAUUUUAUCUUUUCUGUGGACCAGAAAAAGCAGAAGCCACGCUUGGGAUCCUCUUUGUGGUGAACGCGGGAAAUGUCUAACACUCCGUGUAUUUACGUGGCCCUGGCAUCUGGGCCGUCCCGCACCCUCCUCCAUCCGACCUGUCUCCCGCUGGUACAGCUUGGCGCACCUCGCCCAGGAUGUGUGUUCUGUCUUCUGUUUUUCUUUCUGCAAAGACAUAGCUAGGAAAGUGAACAAUAAGAGAAAAGUUCUCAGGGAAUUGAAGUGUGGUUGCUAUGGUGACGUCCUUUGCUGUGAAUAAAGGUGCUCUUUGGGGCAA